GGCAUUUUCCGAUAAAACGAAGAAAGCCAAUUUUUCCUUUAAAAAGUCCGAAAAACGAAAGCGGCGCGAGGCUGUCUUCCUCGUCCUCUUCCUCCAGCUAGGGUUUCGAUUCAAUCUCCCCUGCCGGAUCGCCGUUCGCCGGCCGGACGAGGGAUUGCGCGGGAAGGCAAGUCAGUGAAGGGACUCCCGAUACUUCUGCGAUUGAGAGGACCGGCAGUUUGACGAGAUGAAGGGUAACAAGAGCCGUGUGCAGUGGGAUGAGAAUAAUUUGGGUGAGAUAGAAGCGAAUAAACCCGUUAGGCAGAAAAUUACAGAACCCAAGACGCCGUAUCAUCCCAUGAUUGAUGAUGAUGGUUCGCUAUCUCCAAUGCGGGGUCCUUUUGAUGAGUGCGUCGAUGAUCACGCAGAAGCUAUACUUACUGCUCUAAAUGAUGUGGCUUCUUCGAGUACAAAAUCUAAUAGACGAUCUGGCUGGACAUCAUCUGAGGAUGAGGGAGAUGCUAUGGAACCAGAUGAUGAAGAUUCAGAAACUGACAAGAGCGGGAUGACCUUCAGGGAGCACAGACGAGCGCACUACGACGAGUUCUUGAAAGUGAGAGAACUCCGGAAGCAAGGGUCUGUGCUCGAGGAAGUGGAGGAGGACCCUGAAGAGAUGGAGAAGGCCAACGGCGCGCACGAUUCCUCGUCAUCUUUAAGCGCCGGCGUGAAGGACAUUGAGAUCGACGACAGCACGGUCUCUUCGGCAGGGCUGCCAGCUAACACAGCUUAAAAAGGCUGUACGAGAUCGAGCCAAGACUCAAAGCUGACUGUUUUAUUGUUCUCUUGUUGUAUGCUGGUUAUAUAUUUGGCGCAAUUUUCCUUUGUUGUGUACAGGCAAGUGACCUUUCGCCCACCUUGUGUGGUGCUCUUGCUCUGGCAAUUUCCAUCGAGUCGUCUUCUCGGCACGACCCGAAAACACUUCUCAAGGUUUUUUCCGACAUCGAACUACAAAUAUCUGUGUAA